UGGCGACGGGGAGGGGGGACUCGGCCGCUCGCCCCCCCCUCCCCCAGUUCACCGUUCGGGCGGGUGGCAGCGGCCGGAGCUGCGUGCGGGGAAGGAGCCGGCCCGGGCCGGGAAGGGCCUGGAGGUCACCGAACCCUCCCUGGGAGUCCGUCCCGUCCCGUCCCGGCUCCGGCGCUGAUUUUGUCGCACUGAAAGUGUCCUGUCCCCUGUCACUCCGCUCUGCUCUCCCGCCGUGCCCCGCCGCCAGCCCCGCUGACACCUGUGGGAGGUGCGGGAGGCACCGUCCGGGCCGGGUGGGCAUCCUUAACCUCCCCACCUCUCUCCGUGAAGACCCGGACACCGGGCAGGAGAUCCCCCGGGAGCAGCCGGGUGUUGGGGCACGGGGGGUCUCCCUGACCCCUCCCGGGAUCAACGGGGGUUGUGUUGUCCUGCACCGCUGACACCCGGAGCAGAGGCGGUGGUGACACAUCAUGUGCCGGGCGCAAUCCCGGUGGAUGAAGGAUGCCCCCGGGAGCUCUCGGUAGGCACCGAAGGCCUCAAACUUUUAUAGGCGAAAGCGAAGACGCAAGAAUUGUUUGGGAAAACUCCUUCAAGGAAACUUGCUUCCAGCUCCCCAACGGCUGAACCCCCGCCUCGGCCCGUGCUCCGGGGGGAGCGCACACCUUCCCACCCCGGCUGGAACCGUGAGCUCCUAGGCAUGGAAAGUCACGAGAGGGACUGGGAGCUGCUCUGGUUCCACGGGGUGGCCUGACGGGCCCGGAGAUGACCUAAGUCUGUAGGAUCAAACUGGGCCCAGCCAAGGCCAGCUGACUGGGAAGUGCCCCCGGUAGCGGGACCGGGUCGGAAGCAACGCGAGUCCCGAACUGAGUGUGUCCCGUCACAGAUUUAUGUUCUUUUUCAAAGACAUUCUGGAUCCAGGCCGGGAUCUUUUGGCAUCCAAUUGACCUGGAAGCAGCUCUUAGGUUUGGUUUUUCUUUUCUUUUUUUUUCCUUCUUUUUUUUUUCUUGGUUGUUUUUUUUUUAUUAUUAUUAUUAUUCAUGUUUGUACAAUCUUCUGGAUAUUUUUUUCCCGAGAAGGAGUAAAAAGGGAGUGUUGGAAACUUAACAAAACAAGGAUUAAAGCCUUGAGCGCUUAAGGAAAAAAAAAAAAAAAAAAAAAAAAACAGGUUAAGGAACUUAAUCCAGGAUGGAUCUGCAGGAGCCCCAGCAGCUGGGAAUGUUUGCAGAGAGCGAGCUGAUGUCGGUGGGCAUGGACACGUUCAUCCACCGCAUCGACUCCACCGAGGUCAUUUACCAGCCCCGGCGCAAACGGGCCAAGCUCAUCGGCAAGUACCUCAUGGGAGACCUGCUGGGAGAGGGCUCCUACGGCAAAGUCAAGGAGAUGCUGGACUCAGAGACCCUGUGCAGGAGAGCCGUCAAGAUCCUGAAGAAGAAGAAGCUGCGCCGGAUCCCCAACGGGGAGGCCAACGUGAAAAAGGAGAUCCAGCUCCUGCGGAGAUUACGGCACAAAAACGUCAUCCAGCUGGUGGAUGUGUUGUACAACGAGGAGAAACAGAAAAUGUAUAUGGUGAUGGAGUACUGUGUGUGUGGGAUGCAGGAAAUGCUGGACAGUGUCCCAGAAAAGAGGUUUCCAGUGUUUCAGGCUCACGGGUACUUUUGUCAGCUUAUAGAUGGCUUAGAGUACUUGCACAGCCAAGGGAUUGUCCACAAGGAUAUAAAACCUGGGAACCUCCUGCUAACAACCAAUGGGACACUAAAAAUAUCUGAUUUAGGAGUAGCAGAGGCAUUGCAUCCGUUUGCAGAGGACGACACGUGCAGGACGAGCCAAGGGUCGCCAGCAUUCCAGCCCCCAGAAAUUGCCAAUGGCCUUGACACCUUUUCAGGCUUUAAAGUCGACAUCUGGUCUGCAGGGGUGACACUAUACAACAUCACAACGGGUCUGUACCCUUUUGAAGGGGAUAAUAUCUAUAAAUUAUUUGAAAACAUCGGGAAAGGCGACUACACAAUUCCAGAGGAUUGUGGUCCUCCACUCUCAGACUUAUUGAGAGGAAUGCUUGAAUACGACCCAGCCAAGAGGUUCUCAAUACAGCAGAUAAGGCAGCACAACUGGUUUAGGAAGAAACAUGCUCAGGCAGAGGCGCUGGUGCCCAUCCCUCCCAGCCCUGAGACAAAGGACAGGUGGAGGAGCAUGACGGCGGUGCCUUACCUGGAGGAUCUGCAUGGCUACAAUGAGGAAGAGGAUGAUGACUUGUAUGACAUUGAAGAUGAUAUCAUCUACACUCAGGACUUCACAGUACCAGGACAGGUGCCUGAGGAGGAGGAGGCCGGGCAGAACGGGCAGAGCCGCGGCAGGGGGCUGCCCAAGGCCGUGUGCAUGAACGGGACGGAGCCGGGGCAGCUGAGCAGCGCCAGGGCCAAGGGCGAGCGCCGCGCCAGCGCCUCCUCCAACCCCUCCCGCAAGGCCUGCUCUGCCAGCAGCAAGAUCCGCAAGCUCUCCACCUGCAAGCAGCAGUGAGCUCUGCCCAGCAUCCCUGGGCCCGGGCCAGCCUGUGUCCCCCUCCUUGCCCCAGCUCUGCCUCUCUCCUGGGACUGGACUGUGCUUGCAAUCCAAAAGGAAACCAGAAGAAACCAACCAAGGAGCCCCUCCGUUCCUUCCCUGCCCGCACCCCCUGCUCCGGCCAGCGCCAGGACACGAAGCUGCAGUGGCCACACCUCCUCCCUGCCCAUCCCAUCGGACACCUGGGAGUUGAACUCUGCGGCUGCCGGGACGCUGCCCCCUUCCCCCCGAUCACUCUUUGCCAAUCAAGACACUGAUUCUGUUUUUAAUUUUGCGAUGGGAAGGGUGGGAUGAGGGGUCAAGGGGCCCCCUGGCCGUGUAGAGUCGUGCAAAGCCAUUGCCGUGCACUUUAUGUUUUAGACUACUGUUAUAUAUUAUAUAUUUUCCUCUCUCUUUUUUUUUUUUUUGUUUUAAUUUUGUUUGUUUUUUGUUUUGUUUAUAUUUGCGGUAUAUUUAGAGAUUCCUACACAUCGUGAUGUGUUAAAAUAAACCAGAUGAGGAAAAAAAACCAAAAAAAA